AAAUAAAUGGUCAAAAGCUCCCCUUCUGUGCGGUGGCCGGCCUAUCCUCUCGAGAGGGUAGAUCCAGGCCAUCAUAUCCAUUUCCUUCCUCUCAGAUUCACCAACUUCCUUGUAUUUCUAUCCCUAUUUCAUUGAUGCAACCUUCCGCCGUCGUCCCAUUCUCGGAGGACGGCGAUUCCGUAAUCUCCUCCUCCUCCAUCCACCGCCCGCCACCACGGUUUCUGCACAUGAAGGUCGCAGGUUGGGAUUGAAUUGAAGGAUUACAAGGAAAAAACAAACCAAAACUUCAAAAAUGGCGAUGAUGAAACCGUUUCAACUCCUCGAAAUUAACAUAAUCUCCGCCCAGGAUUUGGAACAGGCGUCGAAGAAGAUGCGAACGUACGCCACCGUGUGCCUCAACCCGACGCGCCGUCUCACCACCGCCGUGGACUACGACGGGUGCAACAACCCUACGUGGAACGACAAAUUCGUGUUUCGCGUGGACGACGAGUUCCUCCAGCGGGACACCUCUGCCGUCCAAAUUGAGAUUUUCUCCGUCCGGUGGUUCCGCGACUCUCUCGUCGGCACCGUUCGUUUCCUCGUCGGUAACCUCUUCCCUCCUCCGCCGGCUCGAGGUCACCGUCAAAAUUUUGGCAUGCGUUUCGUUGCCCUUCAGGUUCGGCGUCCGUCUGGACGUCCCCAAGGGAUAUUAAACAUUGGUGUGGCAUUACUGGAUAGCUCAAUGAGGAGCAUGCCAUUGUACAGACAAAUGAGCAUGUCAGCCGUCGGAUUCCGAGAUCUCCUGACGGACGACCAUCUUCCGCUGCACAACAACCCCGCCACCACCCACCCGGUGCUGCGGCGCAUGAAAAGCGAGCGCAGCACCCUCGUGUCUUACGAUGACAUCUCCGUCAACAACAGCUCCUUAGUCGCAAUCCCUUCCAAAAAGAACAAGCAGGCCUUCACAGAGAAGGAAAGCUCCAUACUCAGCAUCUCUUUCGUGCCGCCACCGCCGCUUCCUCCACCGCCAUCGAUCAAGGCGUCAAGUAACAAGAAGAUAGGGAAGGCUAGUUCCGUGAUCAGCGGCGCGGAGCUCAAGGAAGACAAGACGAAGCCAAAACGUAGGAAGGCGAGUUCCGUUUUAAGCGAUUCUAUUAUGAGCAGAGAAUCACAUCUAUUGGCUAAAUUGAAAGAUGAAGAGUCCCCUGCGAAUAAUAAUAAUAGCAACAAUGACAUUGGGCCAAGUGAGAAGACUGCCAACGACAAGCCCAACGGGCCAGGAGUUAAUAGUAAACUCGGCGAGUCUCCACCGAUGCCAAUUUCGAAGCCCAUUAAGACAUCCAACGGCCCAACGGGUAAGUAUGGUUUCAUUGGAGGGCCGUGGAAGGGAAACUCGAUGCUGUCGGACUCAGAAGUUGGGCCAUCACCGUCAGAGGUGGCGGCGGCGAUGGCCGAGCGGAGGUACCCGUUGGAGCCGGAGGGGAGCUCGGUGUUGGACGGGUGGAGCGCUGACGAGAGCGUGGAAGGACUGCGGUCGAAGUUGGAGCGGUGGCGGGCAGAGCUGCCGCCGUUGUACGAUCGAGGGUACGCCAGCAGCAGCUUCCAGUCGAGCAGCUACCACAUGCGGCGGCACAGUGAAAACGGCGCAGCUGACGGCAGGUUUUCCUGUUUCGGGAACAUAUUCGGGUACGAAUGCGAGUGCGUUUGCGGGCAGCCUCCGCCGCAAAGGAGCAAGAACUACUUGUACAAAAGCCCAUCAGUCGGCAGUUUCCUUUGAAUGAAUUUCAACCCACUAAAUGUCUCCAUCCUGGACGGCCCACUUCAAAAUGGUACAUAUUUGUAGCCUUGUAAUAGUCUAAUCCCUCGUUCAUCCAUUCCCUACCACAGUUAUAACAAGUAUAUGUCCAGUAAGAUACACAAAUAACAAAUAUUUAUCAUCAUUCUUGUUGUAUAGUCAAUGAUGGAAGGUGUAAUACGCACACGUUUGUUGGGUGCACACUUUUGAUGUGUUAGUCA